AUGUUUUUGAAAGAUUUAACAUGUAUGGCAAGAGAUAAUGAUCAAUUAGAACUUUUUGUGGCUUUCACGGAGAUAAUUGAUUUUUUGAGCAAGCUGAGUUCGUCGUCGUUGUCGUCGUCUUCGUCGCCGCCAUCUCUUGUGUUCCUAUUCAAUUUAAAAACGUCACAAAAGCAAAUUUCAAAACUUUUUUUCCUCUUCUAA